AUGCAGAAAUACACUCUCGAUUAUGCAUUGGUGCCGCUUGGGCUGCUUGUGAUGGCGGCGUAUCACGCGUGGCUCCUCCGCCGCGUAAUCCGCCACCCCGACACCACCGUCAUCGGCAUCAACGCUGCCAAUCGCCGCCUCUGGAUCCGCGCCAUGAUGGAGGAUCCAAUGAAAAAUGGGAUCCUGUCGGUCCAAACACUGCGGAACAACAUAAUGGCGUCGACGGUGCUGGCGUCGACGGCGAUCAUGCUGAGCUCGGUGAUGGCGGUGCUGAUGUCGGGAGGGAGCUGUGGGCGGCGCCCUAUCGCGGCGGUGUAUGGGGACAACAGUAAGUUGGGAUCGUCGAUAAAGUUCUUCUCGAUCCUCGUGUGCUUCCUCUGCGCGUUCCUACUGAACCUGCAAUCGAUCAGGUACUACAGCCACGCGAGCGUGCUGAUCAACGUGCCUAGGCAAAGGGGGCAGAGUAACGAGAAGGAGUGCCCGGUGACGGAGGAGUACGUGUGGAGGGUGGUGAACAGGGGGAGCUAUUUCUGGUCGAUGGGUCUCCAUGCUUUCUACUUGUCUUUGCCCUUGUUUCUUUGGAUUUUUGGGCCCAUUCAUAUGUUUGUGUCCAGUGUUGUACUUGUGUUUUUGCUUCAUUUUCUUGACGUGGCCGCGGAUAUCGGGACCGUCGUCGCUCCUCAUGAGGAUGAGGAGGAGGUGGAGGCGGAGGAGGACGAGGAGAGUCAUGAUGUUUGAUGAUGUUUAUUGUUUGAUUAU